AUGUAUUCUGUCAUGAUGAAAGUUGACAUUGUUAUCAUUGGUGCUGGGUUCAGUGGCUUGUGGGCGCUCUAUAAGCUACGGGAAAUCGGUUUCAAUUGCUUAUGCGUGGAGGCUCUAUCCGAUGUGGGCGGCAUCUGGCAAUCUACGAGAUAUCCUGGAUGUCGUAACGAUACUGAUUCUUCUGCAUAUCAGUUCUCCUUGAAGAACGUGUGGGCAUGGAAGGAGCAGUUUCCUCAGCGCGAGGAGAUCGCAGCCUAUGUUCGGCAUAUAUCUGAGAUCUUGGAGUUGAGAGAAAACAUCAGGUUCAACACUCACAUUAGUAAAGCAGUCUGGCACGCGAAGGGCAAACAAUGGGAAAUCUACUCUAGCCACGACGGUGCAGAAAAAAAAUUUGUCACCGCCAGCUUCUUUAUUCCUUGCACGGGUUAUACCGGCCAAAGAUACAUUCCCGAUAUUCCAGGGUUGACGACGUUCCCGCAAGCCUUUCAUACCUCCGAAUGGCCUCUUGGGCUCAACACUGAUGGAAAACGCGUCGGUGUUAUCGGCACUGGUUCGAGCGGUGUUCAAAUCAUAGAGACAUUAGCUCCAGAUGUGGCUAGUCUCACUGUCUUCCAGCGAAGUCCAAACUAUGCGAUACCGCGCCCAGCUUCAGACCAUUCAGAGGCCAGUAAUUUGAGUCAGCACUCUCAAGCUACUACUACGCACGACUUUCUAGCUACCAGCGUGAAUAACUGUGCUGAAAGUCCCGGGGGUUUUCUCAUCUGCCCCACGACAGAUUGCGAUAAACAUUAUCAGACUUGGGUCCGAAAGAGAGAAAAGCUCUGCAAGGGGCAGCAAUUCUGCUGGGAAAAUUAUCGUGACCUAUUCAUUAACGAAAACGCCAACAACGAGGCCUACAUAUUUUGGCGAAACAAGACGCGACAAAAGGUUCAAGAUCAGUAUAAAUGUGAUUUGCUCGCACCAAUUUGCGCUCCACACCCCUUUGGGGCAAAACGGCCGGCGCUUGAAUCGAAAUACUUCGAGAUUUUCAACCAAAGUAAUGUGGACUUGGUUGAUCUCAAUGACGACGAGAUCUUCGAGAUCGGCACUACAGGGAUCCAUAUGAAGUCAGGAAAGUUCUACCAUCUCGAUAUAAUUGUCCUCGCUACCGGCUACCACUUUGGUACAGGGAGUUUGCUCGCUAUUGAUAUACAAGGCAAGAAUGGACUCAGCUUAAGAGAGAAAUGGGGUGCUCAGGAGACACUGAUUAAGGCUACGCAGCCGAAACCUCAAGGUGUGAUGACUUAUCUCGGAUUGACGUGCGCUGGAUUCCCAAAUUUACUCUUCAUUUGUGGACCGCAAACACCGGCCGCUUUCUCAGUGGCACCCAAAGUUGCCGAGUCUCAAGUUGAAUGGAUUGGGGACUUCCUUCAGCAUGUUUGUCAACACGGAUGGAUGUGUGAUACAAUUGAACAGGCAGAAGCAGAAUACAAGGAGCGGCUUGGCAAUAGAGCUGAGCAGACGCUAAUAUCACGCACAAAGACAUGGUAUAUGUCAAACAAGCCUGGUCAAAAACACGAGCCUCUGUUUUGGUUUGGAAGUCUCGAGGACUAUAUGGAUCUGUGUCGCACUGUGUCACGAAAAGGUUAUAUCGGGUUUAUAAUAGGUUAA